AUGGGGCUGUUCUUGACCGCUCUGGGGGCCCUCUCUAGCGUUAAUGUCCUCUAUUCUCGCGGGAGGAUGCCCCUCAAACACCUAGCUACCCUGCUCUGCGCGCUAUCGCCAACAGUGGCGCUUUCGCAGGACGCAGUGCAGGAUAUUCUCCUUAGUGUUCCUCAAGCAGAGAAGAUACGGGAGUGGUCCCAUUAUUACACAAACGGAUCACAUCUUUCAGGCCAAGGGCUUGAACAGGGUCAGUGGACCAAAGAUCUGUGGGAAGGGUUUGGCAUACAGGCGAACCUCACUACCCAUGAAGCGAACCUGACCUAUCCCGGCGACCACCGCGUUGCAUUACUCGAUCUCAACCUUAAGGAUCCCUUGGUCCAAGAGGCGCGCCGCAUCGAGGAUACUGCACCAGGAGCAGGCCCGGGCCAGAAACCAUUCAUUCCGAGCUUCUUCGCGUGGGCAGGUGUUGGUAAUGUCACGGCUCAGUAUGUUUUCGCUAAUUUUGGACUACGAGAGGACUACGACGAUCUGCUGAAUGCGAAUGUCACCGUCCGAGGCAGAAUUGCGGUCGUUAAGACAGUUUUUGGGUCGUCUCUUUUACGAAAAUUGCAUAUGGGAGUUCAUCGUCAAGAGCAGAUGCAGGUUGCAGCGGAGUAUGGUCUCGCUGGUCUGAUUGUGUACACUGAUCCCCAGCUGGAUGGUGAAUUCACUGAAGCCAAUGGAUAUGAAGCAUUUCCGGAUGGGCCAGCUCGUCCACCCAUUCAAUCAGGUUCCACAUUCGCCAUUCCGGCCAUGCCUAUAGCCUUUGCUGAUGCUAUUCCAAUUCUUCGGGCUUUGAACGGCUAUGGUCCUUCUGCCACAGAAUUUGGUGAACGAUGGCAGGGCGGGGGAUUGAAUUACAAAGACGUUCACUAUAAUGUUGGUCCGUCCCCUAAUAACAUCGUGCUAAAUUUAUGCAACAAGCCCAUCUUUCCGGAUGGACAGGUGCACCAUGUCAUCGGCACCAUUCCUGGUAGCACAUUCCCAGAUGAGGUCAUUAUGCUGGGAACCCAUCGCGAUUCCUGGAGUCCUGGGGCUGGUGAUGGUUCUAGUGGGUCUUCUGCUUUGAAUGAAGUAGCCAGGAGUUUUGGCACAGCGUUGGCUCAAGGGUGGACACCUUCUAGAACAAUAAUACUAGCCAGCUUCGAGGGAGUAGAGUUCAGUUUGCCAGGCACACAAGACUGGUGGGAGCAGAACCAGUGGCUGAACACUAGUGCUUUUGCGUACCUGAAUGUGGUUUCUGCCGGUGCAGGUAGCAAGUUCCAUGUGCAGGGAAGCCCUCUUCUUGGGCGGGCUAUGCGUUAUGGCACAGGCCUGGUGUUAGAUCCCAACACAAAUGCAAACAAUCAGACAAUGCUCGAUGUGUGGGAUGGGGAAGUGUCAAUAGGAACGGGUGGAGACGCGUCAGUCCUUCUGGGAACAGAACUCUUGUCAUCUGUGGACUUUGGAUUUUCAGCAGGGGAAGGAGAUCCUCCAUUCCCUUAUCAUUCUCUCUACGACACGGACGAGUGGAUGGAUUGCUAUGGGGAUCCAAACCGUGAAUACCACCUGACUACCACUAAAAUAUGGUCCCUUGCGGUCUUUGCGCUUGCCAACGACGUGUUAAUACCCGUGACGACCAACGAAUACGCCGUUCUCCUACAAGGCUCCCUGGAAUCAGUCGACAUGCCAGGCCUACAUAUCUCCUCCAUGGAGAAUGCCAUCAACGACUUGCACCAGGCAACGCUGGCAUUUGAUACGUAUGCCGACAAUCUGAUUAGCCAGAUAUUGGCCCAGCCAGAUGAACCCAAGCUUCUCUCAAAGGCCAGAGAAGUCAACCAAAAGUACAUCAAGAUUGAGCGAAUCUUUGCCGACCCUCACCCUCAAUCUAGUUCAGAUCGCCAUCUGAUUAUCCCCCGAGUGCCAUAUUACUUCCAAUCAAGCGCAUUUCCUGCACUGCAGGAGAGCAUUGCCGCGGGUAAUCUGUCUGCCGCUGAAUUCCAGAAGUGGUGGCAUGGAGCUCUACAUCAGAUAACGCCCUCAGUUAUGAAUGGACUCUUUUGA